AUGUCCGCUCCGAGCGGGACGUCAGCGUCCGUGGCGCAGCGGCAGAGGAGUCGCACUUCAGCCACACGACCGAGGUCUUCUAUUCUGAUGCUCUCCAACAUGGAUCGCCGACUCUCGCUGGGCGAGCAGUCGUAUGCGCGCCAUUUGCUCUGGGAGGAGCCUGCCGCGUCCGAGCACACAGCCUCCUCGCCCGCGAUGCCUGACCACCAGAUCAGCAAGCGCAAGCGCUUGGCGGUCGAGAUGUACGAGACAGAGAAGGCGUACGUGCGCGUGUUGAUGCACGUCGACAAGUUGUACUAUACCCCGCUGCUCAUGUCGCUGCAAGACACGCAUCCCAUCCUCUCGCGCAGCGCCGUCAACCGAAUUUUUGCUAAUUUUUACGAUAUACUCCAGCUGAGCAAGGAGCUGCUCUUCCGUUUGGAAGAGCGCAUUGGCAACCCCAUGCGCUUGCUCGCCGAUAAGACGCCUGUGCAGGUGCCGGAAUGGGACCCUGCGCACGAUACGAUUGGCGAUCUCCUCGUCCCUAUUCUCCCCUUUCUCAAGGUGUAUGCCCUGUUUAUGCAAAACUUUUCUCAUGCCAUGCAAUGUAUCGAGUCCGAACGACGGACGAACGACCGAUUCCGUGUCUUUCUCGCUCAUGCCAACCAACACUAUGAUCACGAAUCCCCUCACGGUGUGUCCUUGGGCCUGGAAGCCCAACUCCUGAAUAUUGUGCAGCGUGUGCCUCGCUACCGCAUGCUGCUCCGCUCGCUUCUCCAGCACACGCCUGUUACCCAUAAAGACCAUGCCUGGCUUGCUGGGUCGUUCUCUGUCGUGGACCACAUCGCCAGGAGCGUGAAUGAACAUAUCCGACAGCACGAGCUGACCAUGACCGCCAUUGCUCUGCAGCGCACACUCAUCGGCCUAGAUGAGCCAUUGGUCGUGCCGGGCCGUCGGCUGCUCAAGCACGGCACGCUGCUCAAGACGCGCCGCAAAGAUAUCCAACCACGCCACUUUUACUUGUUUUCCGACUGCAUGAUUGUGGCUGCGGCGAGCUCCCUCGAUGAGUCGGACAAGUCUUGGCCGCGACUCUCUCACUCGUUCGAGGGCGAAUUGAGCGAUGUGCUCCCUUCGACGUUCGGUAUGCUGCAUCUCACGAACAAGCUGCACCUCUCCGACGUGACGGUGAUCAGCUACGACGAUAUGGAGGUGCCGUUGCCUGCGCCCGCCGAGCGGCCCGUGCCCUUUCUGCGACACAAGUUCGAGAUUCUAUCGCCUCAAUGCAGCUUUUCGCUGUAUGCGCCCAGCCAAGCCGCCAAGCACAGCUGGGUGACCGCGAUUCGUGAAGCGCAAGACGAGUUUCGGACGAGCUUGCCUUCUAUUCGCAAGAGCUUGGAGCUUUCCGAGCGGCCAUCGUCGUUUGCGUCGAUGAGCAGCGAGGGAGGUAGUGCGCAUGGCGGCACGGCAUCUCAUUCGACCACCGAUGGCGAGACGACGACCUCGAGUGCCUCUUCACGCACCGGCCAUACCCGCUCCGCCUCCAUGUCGUCGCUCUUUGCGUCGUCAGCUUCCCUGCCGCUUCUCGAAGAGUAUCACGCGCCUGUGUGGGUGCCGGACAGCCUCGUAUCGCGCUGCAAACGGUGCUCCGAGCCAUUCUCGUUCUGGCGCCGCAAGCAUCACUGCAGGCUGUGUGGCUACGUGUUUUGCGCGACUUGCUGCUCGCGUGUAGUGUUGGUACGCACGGAAUCACCGCACAUGGCGCAUGUCCGUGCGCGGGUUUGCAUCGCGUGCUACACGUCCAAUUUCAGGUCGUCCAUGCCGUGCUCACCGCGCACAGCAUCCACAUCGCUGUCCUCGCCGACGCACGAGCCGCCCUCGCCCGCCUGGCGCGGCACGUCUCUACGGCCCAUGCUGCAUACGGUCCCUGCAUCGUCGGCCCAGGCAUCACCGCCCGCAUCGAUGCCGACCAAGGCUGUGCUCCAGUCACUCACCAACACGCCCAUCGCGCGCAAGUCGCACCGCCGGCAGUGGUCAAUCGUCAGCGUCCCGCGCGAGGCUCACCAGGCCGAUCCACGCCCCCGGGUCCAGGUCGAAACCAAGACGACCGGCCUCCCCACGCUGGAUCAGCACAUCCCAUCGAACAGCGCCAUGCCCACCAGUGCUUCCAUGCCCGCACUCGCUUCCCAUGCGCCCCCGCCCCGCCGGUCCACCUCGCGAGAGACACUGCGUGCCUCGCAGGCCGUGUCCUGGCUCCAGUCGCUCCUCCCUCCGUAG